AGCAAAAGCAAUGUGGUCACGGGCGGCGAGGGUGCGAUUUCGCGUCCCGCUGGACGCGGGCCGAAGCUUUGCUUCCAACGCGGGUCCACAGGGAAAGGUCCAGGCGGCGGGGCCGGGGACCCAGGUUCCGCACCUCGUCCCGCAGGGCACCGCUCGCGUGUCCCCCGCGGUAAUCGAGCAUCUGGAGCGGCUGGCACUGGUGAACUUCGGCAGCCGCGAGGCGGUGGACCGGCUAGAGAAAGCCAUCGCCUUUGCGGAUCAGCUGCAUGCCGUGGACACCGACGGGGUGGAGCCCCUGGAGUCGGUCCUGGAAGACAGAUGUCUCUACUUAAGAUCUGACAAUGUAGCAGAAGGCAGCUGUGCUGAAGAACUACUACAGAAUUCCAGUCAUGUUGUGGAGGAAUACUUUGUGGCCCCCCCAGGUAAUAUUCCUUUGCCAGACAUGGUAAACAAGAUUCCUUCUUCCACAGCAGAGUAACUAUUCUGGGAAAGGGCACCCUGUCAACAUGGUGUACUCACAAGGGUGGUCAUUUGCUACUGUGAAUUCUAGUAUAAACUGGACAUUUAAAGUUUCUUGGUAAUUGAGCCGAAGACAGAACUGGACAACACCCAGCUAACAGAAAACCACAAGUCUGCUUCCAAGGAAAUGGAUCAAGUACUCAGACUUGUUCUGUAUGGAAAACAACUUCCUCCCUCCUCUGCACCUAAAAAACACUACCUUGUCAAACUAUACCUAUGCGGGCUUUUCUGUUUAUAUGUAAGAACAGAUGAAGAGAUAAACCAGUUCUUUUUAGUUGCUUUUCCACUGGCUUCAGAGGCAGCACAUCACCACAUCACCAUCUGUUUCUGGGUACCACCUUAUUCCUACCAGAGGGCUUGUUUUAUGGAUAAGUUUGAAUAGUAUCAAAGUAAACUACAGCCUGGGAACUCCUAAUUCAGAACCAUCUUUCUUUCUCAAUCUUUCUUAUUUUUAUCCAACCCCCACCUUGCACUCAGUGUCCAUGAACACAACACACACACACACACACACACACACACACAGAGUAUACAUGAACACCCAACCCCCACACACAUACCAUGCAAUAUUAACACCAGCCAAAUAGUUCCUUUCUGAAAAGAGAACUUGUUAAAAAUAGCCCUGGGCCCAUCUUCAUUCUUCCUCUUCCUUUUAUCUGCAGUGUCUGUGUCCCCCACACACCCCAUUUUCUUGUUGCUCAGAUACGGCCUCUCUGUACAUCAGACUGGCCUUGAGCGCACAGCUAUCUUCCUGCUACAGCCUCCCAAGCACAGGGAUUGGAGGCGUGAACCACCUCAGUGAACUCCUAUUACAGAGUUCAAUUUACAAUAACAGGUCUGAAAUGUAAUAACUCCAAGUCUGGGUCAGAGAUCCUGCAGUCAUUGAGAGAACUUCCUAUCCCAGGUGUGGUGGCUCUGUGUCUUUAAUUCCAACACUUGGUAGGCAGAGGCCAACAGAUCCCUGAGUUCAAGGCCAGCCUGGUCUACAGAGGCAGAAUUAUUCUGAGAAACCCUCUCUGGAAAAGAAAAUGAGCCGGGCGUGGUGGCGCACACCUGUAGUCCCAGCACUUGGGAGGCAGAGGC